GCCCCGGCGCUGCGCCCCGGCCCCGCUGUGCCAGCAUGUCUUCGACGGAGGGCUCGAGUCGCGCGGCGGACAAGUCGCCGCGCCAGCAGGUGGACCGCCUGCUGGUGGGGUUGCGCUGGCGGCGGCUGGAGGAGCCGCUGGGCUUCAUCAAAGUUCUCCAGUGGCUCUUUGCUAUUUUCGCCUUCGGGUCCUGCGGCUCCUACAGUGGAGAGACAGGGGCAACAGUUCGCUGCAACAACGAAGCCAAGGAUGUGAGCUCCAUCAUUGUUUUGUUCGGCUAUCCCUUCAGGUUGAACCGGGUCCAGUAUGAGAUGCCCCUUUGUGAUGAGGACUCCACCUCCAAGACCAUGCACCUGAUGGGGGAUUUCUCUGCUCCCGCCGAGUUCUUUGUGACCCUGGGCAUCUUCUCCUUCUUCUACACCAUGGCCGCGCUGGUCCUCUACCUGCGCUUCCACAGCCUCUACACAGAGAACAAGCGCUUCUCACUCGUGGACUUCUGUGUGACUGUCUCCUUCACCUUCUUUUGGCUGGUAGCUGCAGCCGCCUGGGGCAAGGGCUUGACGGACAUCAAGGGGGCCACACGGCCAUCCAGCCUGACGGCAGCCAUGUCAGUGUGCCACGGAGAGGAAGCGGUGUGCAGUGCUGGGGCCACGCCCUCUAUGGGACUGGCCAACAUCUCUGUGCUCUUCGGCUUUAUCAACUUCUUCCUGUGGGCCGGGAACUGUUGGUUUGUGUUCAAGGAGACCCCGUGGCACGGGCAGGGCCAGGACCAGGGCCAGGACCAGGGCCAGGGCCCUAGCCAGGAGAGCGCAGCAGAGCAGGGAGCAGUGGAGAAGCAGUAAGCAGCCCCCACCUGGCUACUCCCGAACAGGACAGCACCUCUUCAACCACCUCCAGCUUCCAGGACCUCCCUCUUCUUCCUUCUCCAACUCCCCUCCCCUGUCAUUCUGGGCUUUGAGCUUUGAGACGUCGUCGCUGAUGGAUGGGCAGGCAUCAGCUGUCAGAAACCUGGGCAGCCCUCCCAGUGGCUUCCUAGCCCUCCUCUGGCUGGAGCCUCGGAUGGCAGGAGCUCAGGGCUUCUUGUCUACUGCCUGGACCCCCAGCAUCUUACUUGGGGUCUUACUUAUACCGUUAUAGCCUCUGAGAAUGAGCCUCUACUGCAGGGGGCAGGAGACCAGUCUUGAGACUCGUUCCUAGCAGCCACUUCUAUCAACGUGUCGCCUUCAAUAAAAGU